AAAAAACAGAAGUGUGCUGAACUUAAAAUGGUGAUCAACACACUUCCUGAGCCAAAUAUUCAGCUCUUGAAGCACUUUAUGGUUCUGCUCUACCACAUAAGUGAGAAUGCAGAUACAAACAAGAUGAGUUCCACCAAUCUGGCUACAUGUGUUUCCCCCAACUUGCUCCAAACAGACAACGUGGAAAAGAUGGAAGAGGUGACGAAACUGACUGAGUUUCUCAUUGACAACUGCCCUCAAUUGUUUGGUGAGGAUGCACUGACACUCUUUGGAGACUCUGAUGAAGAUGAACUCAGCGAUAACCAAGACUCUUUUUCUUCGCACCGUCAUGACUCUGCGUACGACAGUAAUGACCCUGAUGCAGACUCUAUCAAAUCCGGCACUGAAGAGAAAUCCCAGGAACAUUCCAGCGCAGAGGAACUUUGGACAAAAAAACUGACUCGCAGACGUUCAGAACCAGUAAUCAACCUCAUAGAGGGAGUUCAGCAGCACCUUGCCCUCUCCAGGAGCCAGACAGAAAUUGACUUUUAUGACAAACUCUUAACAAAACAGAUCUCUGAUGACUGUGUUGUGGUUAGAGCAGGCAACAGCUUGGGGAAGAGCUAUGUGGCCAGGACAUCCUCUAAAGACUGCUCGUAUUGUUUUUCAAGCUCACUUGAGAGUUGUUUCUCCAGUGCUUCGGAUAGCUCUAUCCAUAACAGUCCUCUUAUUGUGCCUUUAUGCAAUCAGAGAAAAGCCCUUCAACGCAAACAUUCCUUCCCCACCCGCCAAUCGGCACCUGCAGCGAAUCGCUCAGAGACCCCCAAAAGACGCUCCCAAUCCAUGAAGAGCGCACACAUCAGAAGUAGGACUGUCUUCGGGCGAAGCGGCUCCACCAAACGGGCCAUCGAGAGAGCCCUACGCCACAGCCAGACCCUACCUGAGGUACUGAAUCCUCAACCGGAGCCGAGACGCUUGUCUGGCGAGGAGGUUUUCCAACAGGUGGACAGCAGGAUACCAAGCGAUCCUCCAAGUUAUCAGCAAGCCGUUCAGCACAAUUCCCACGUCGCUCUCUCGAGCCGUCGAUCAUUGACUGUACAGGAUGCCAGAUGUCUGUCAAAGCAAACGUGUAGCCACUCAAGAAGUUCAAGUGAAGAGACAUUGGAACUGUCUUCUGGGAAUGAACAUUUCGAUAUCCACAACAGAGACAAUAAAGAGACAUGUUGUGAUAGUACGAGUGGAUCCUCCUCAGAGUUGAGACAGAGGACCACAUCUGAAACUGGGUAUGAAGCAUCAAUGCCAGUUUGGUGCAAUCAGGAAGACCUCAGAGAGACAUAUGUCUGAUUUACUGUUCAUUUUUAUUAUUGUUGCUACUUUUUGGUGGAGGGAAAAUGUCUUUUGCAUAUGACCUCAUAAUGAGGCGUUAACAUUUCAGGGCUUCAAGUGCAAUUCAUUUGUGCUGAAUAUGUAGAAUUUUAUUCUUCAUUUUUGUACAGUCUUUAGUGACAAUGUGUUUAUGCCCUCUGUGCUUUGAUUCUAUAGCACCCCAAAACCAAAAAUGUAACCGAAAGGCACUUUGAGGAAAUUUCACUACACAGAUUUUAAGUUUUUGUGCAAUGUUUGCAGAACUAAUGUACAUGCUUAAAAACAAUGUAAAUCAUAUGUAUGUCUUCUCAUGAAAUAAAGACAACA